UGAAUACCAUCCUCCAUUGUUAUUAUUAAUAUUGUGGCGUAAACAGGAGUGUGUCCUCUGUUUGCGUGUUUUGCAAUUGAAAGCAAUGUAACCUAACUGCUCCAGCCCUGUAAGGGGUGGAGUUUGGACUUUAUAAACCUGGCCUGACUCAGCUUUCCCUCAGUAUAUUACUGUCUUACACUGAACUUAAUCAAAGAUGGGAUCAAGUGCCUCAGGAUGAAUUCAAGCCCUGCUCACUCACCCACUGACUGUGGAUCGGUGCCAAACUACAGACGAAGCAGGUCCUGUAGCACUUCAAUUGACAUUGACAGCAGAAUUGCACAAGCAAUGGACCUGGUGAAGACUCACAUGCUGAGUGCAGUGCGAGAGGAAGUGGAACCUCUGAGAGAGAAAAUUCGAAAUCUGACUGAGAGAAACAUAGAGCUGGAGAGGGAAAACCACCUGCUGAGAUCACUGACCAUUUACCAAAUAGCACUGAGCUCGGGUCUGAUCAGCAACCACAAUACAGCACUGAGCUCCGGUCAGAUCAGCAACCACAAUACAGCACUGAGCUCCGGUCAGAUCAGCAACCACAAUACAGCAUUGACCUCAACUCAGAUCAAGAAAUACCCAACAGCACUGACUUCAGGUCAGAUCACCAACCACCAUACAGCACUGAGCUCCGGUCAGAUCAGCAACCACAAUACAGCACUGAGCUCCGGUCAGAUCAGCAACCACAAUACAGCAUUGACCUCAACUCAGAUCAAGAAAUACCCAACAGCACUGACUUCAGGUCAGAUCACCAACCACAAUACAGAAAUGAGCUCAGGUCAGAUCACCAACCACAAUACAGCACUGACCUCAAAUCAUCACAGCAGUCGGCAUGACAUCAGCAUACCUGAGCGAUCAGAAAAUGUCAUCUUCAGAAGCGCUGACUACUCAAACAAUGGGUGCUUUUCUGUGAACACACAACCGUAUUUGAAUGUAGCAAUAAAGCGAGACGUCAGGUGUGUUUAGUGCUGCUCUGUCCUAGCAGGGUGUGUCAAUUACUGUGAAUUGCUAAUCUUAAAGUGCUUAUCUUAUAAACAAAUCAGUACUUAGCAAGUACCUUGUGACAAGGUUGUAGUGUUCUCUUUAACUGUGUUUCUUUGAGCCUGUGAACAAAAAUGUUCACAAUGAAAGUAUCAUUGUUAAAGAUUUUUUUUAAAAAAUAUAGCUCUGCAUUUUUAUAAAAUGUAAUAGGUUGCAUUUGUUUUGCACACAUUUCUUAUUAGAUUUUUGUUAGAGUUAAUAUAUUGUAUACAUUGCUAUGAAUUACUGUGUCUGAGCUGUGUAGAAUUGUAAAGUAAUGAUGUCAAAACUUGUAUAUAUUUAUACCCACAAUUGAAACACUACAGAUUUGUUUUUUGUUUGUUUGUUAAAUGGCUUCAUACUCAUUCAUCAUGGUUUUAAACAGCACUUUCUGUUAGCAUUAAUAAAUAAUUAAAACACA